AUGGCCAAGUGGGGGCAGGGGGACCCGCGCUGGAUCGUGGAGGAGCGCGCGGACGCCACCAACGUCAAUAACUGGCACUGGACGGAGCGCGACGCGACCGCCUGGUCCAAGACGAAGCUGAAGGAGGUGCUGGAGGGGCUCGUGGUGGAGGGCGCGGCGGGGCGCUGCGAGAUCGGCGACCUGAAGCACGUGGAGGGCGAGGCGUCCUGCAGCAGCCGGAAAGGGCGGCUCAUCUUCUUCUACGAGUGGAACCUGCGCCUCGCCUGGAGAGGUACAGUGAAAGAAUCUGGUGAGAAACAUAAGGGAUCUGUUGAAAUUCCUAACCUGUCAGAAGAAAAUGAGGUAGAUGAUACAGAGAUAAAUGUUAGCAAAAAGAAAGGGGACGGGGAUGUUCUUAAGGAUCUUAUGAGAACUGAAGGAACCAUGAAAGUCAGAGAGGCCCUCAGAGAUUAUCUGAAAGCGCUCAAAACAGAGUUUACCUUGGGAAUGAUCUUGCCAACAAAAACUACUGCUGUUGGUCAGGAACUGGCAGCUGAGAGAAAACUAAGUGGGAACAGCACACAAGAUUCAUCGCAUUCUUUGGAUCUUGUUGGUGUAAAAAUUCCUACAGUGAAGAUAGUGAUGAAAGAACUGUUCAACUCCCCAGCAGAGGAACUUUAUGGCAUCUUCACAACUAAGGAAUUGGUUCAGAAGUUUUCUAAAUGUCCUGCUGUGAUUGAAGCUGAAAAAGGAGGGAAACUUCAGAUGUUUGAYGGUUGUGUUAGUGGUGAAUAUGCAGAACUGGUUCCAAGCCAAAGAAUUGUCUUGAAAUGGCGAUGUAGAAACUGGCCYGAUGCACAUUAUGCGACAGUCGCCUUGAAUUUCAAGGCUGUGGCAGCUCAGACGGAACUGCAGCUGGAGUGCAAAGGAGUUCCCGUCUCCAACGAGGACAGUACAAGGCAGUGCUGGAAGAAGCAGUAUUUUGAAGAAAUACACACUUUACUGCAACAACCCAGAGACAGUACUGAAUGAUAACUGCACUGUCAUUUUGUUAGGGCAUUACUUUUUAUAAAAUGUUAACAUUUGUUUUUUAAAGAAAUAAUUUAUUUGUGGGGAAAAAUAAAGACCCACUUCUAUGAUACUGUAUAUAAUUUAAGCAUUAUUUAUGGAUUUUUUUUUUUUUAGUGAAUAAGAUGGCCUGUAAGUCAGAUUUUGUUCUGCUUGCCUACAGCUUAACUUCGGAGAGUAAUGAUGAGGCAGCUGCCAUGUUACCACCCUAGGCAGCGAAGCUCCGUGAAUCAUUAGGAAUCGCUUGCAGUUCGGUACCGGUCAUUUUAGCAGGUGGCAGAACUGCCCCUCUGGGAAACGGGCUGCUUGCCACUGAAAGCAGGAUAAAAUAUCUGAUAAAUUGUAACUUCUAAGAUAUGUGGUGGAUACAGUUCACAGCAUCUUCAAAUAUUUCCUGGGAUUGUUUUAACUGCAGACUGAGUUUUUUUCCAACUUUAUAUCCAGGCUUUGGGGAAAGGUAACAGGAGUGUCACACGAUCCUGGUUGGUAUAAGGGUUAUUGCUGCUAAGUCUGCAUGCAUUGUGCCCCCUUACGUGACCUCAGUGUGAGAUUUACUUUGGGAGAAACAAACAGUAAUAACGUUUUCCUUUCGGAAUCCUGUAACCUUCCCCUUGAAUCAUUUAUGGCCCUUUGCAAUCACAUGGCUCAAAKUAAAUGAGUGUUAGAUAAUUUGACAGAAGAGCUGGGCUCCUAAAGCAUCAUUCCUCUUACUCGUGAGCACAUUGAGGUUAGCAAGGAUAACGUGAGCCUCAACUGCUUUGUAAGAAGUGUAUGAAUUAAAUAUGYAUUUGGAACCAAUAAAAUGGACCAAGAAAGGGCAAAGCUGCCUUGGGAAAAGUUGGUUGCAUCAAUAAACUGAUUUUACCUGCA